AUGCAGUCGUUGCGAUCGCAGCAGCCGCACCCGACGGCGGGGAUGGCGGGCAAAUCGCUCCUGAUGGGCAACGACGUGCUCACCGGCGCGCAGGACCCCCGGUUGCGCCUGCGUCUCCUACAGUCCCUCCUCACCUCCUUCCUGCCAGCUUCCCCUAAAGACCCCAUCGACAUGGCCAGGGUGCAGGCGGCGGUGGGGGUGCUGCGGGAGCAACACGUUCUAGCCGUGGAACCGGACUGGGCGGCCGUGGGGAGCGGUAACGAUCCCAGGAGGCGGGCUGUUGACGCUUGGUGCAGCAGGGUGUUCGCGUUAUUGGCAUCCCCGCUGCCGGCCAAUCGGUGGGCGGCAUGUGUGCUGGCAGGUGCCACGUGUGCAGAGAGCACAGCUCAGCGCGUGGUUGACACGUACGCCAAGUGGUGGGGGCGGCUAGCCGCCCUGCUGAAGGCGAAUAAGACAAAAGGAGCGGGUGGGGGGGGCGAGAAGGGCGCGCAACAGCAGCAAGAGGGGAAGGAGGAGGAGGGGGAAGAGGAGGGGGAAGAGGCGGAGGGAGAGGAGGGGGAGGAGGGGAAGGAGGGGAAGGAGGGGAGGGGGAAUGGAAGGGGGAAGGAGAAGGAGAGGGGGGGUGGGAAGGGCAAAGAGACCAUAGUACAGGAUACGAUGUUUGUGCGUGUGGCUGCUGCUGCUGCCCUCGCUGACCUUUCCUCAAGGCUGGCAACUUUGUCUCAUGUGCAGAGCGUGCGUAAGGAGGCUGGCACUCUGGCCGGCAAGCUUUGGCCGUUUCUGGCGGAGAUGAUGGGCGGCACUGAGAGCACGCAGGCAUGGAGCGUGUGCCUCUCGCUGCUCUCUCUGCUGCUCCGCUCCUUCCCCUCCAGCUUCAAGCAUCACGUUCCAGCGAUGGAGGCUCUGCUGGUGGCCAAGCUCUCAUCUCCCAAUGCACCCGCAUCCAUAGUCCAUUCCUGCUGCAGCCUGCUGGUGCUACUACCCCGUGCCUCCAAUGACCCCUCACUCUGGUCGGCUUUCAUGCGCCGCCUGCUGCUCUCCACACACGCGGACCUUGACACUCUGCUCUCUGGCUUCGAGGAUGGUAAGGGGCGUGAGUGCUGUCACUGGCGUGAGGCCCUCGCAAAGCUCCUUUCAUUCCAGCAGCGCAGCGGCCCUGCUGCCGGUGCCAGUGAAUCUGUGCGGUCCAAGGCCCUGGUAACGCUCCUGCACUCCAAGAGUGCAGCCCUGCCAGUGCCUCUGGUCCCCGAGCAUGCACACUGGAUCGCCUCUAACUGCACCAAAGAGGACGAGCAGCAGCAGGAAUCAGGCGGGCAGGGGCAGCGGGGAGGGCAGGCCUCAAAUCGAAACGCAAACGGCAACCCUCGGAGCAGUAGCACCAGUGGUGGUGGCGGCAGCAGCAGCAGCGGCGGCGGUGGUGGCGGAGAUCCCGAGGCGGUGUUUCGGCGGGUGGUGCCACGGCUGCACGCGCUGCUGCUCACGUGCCAGCUGACCAUCACUCAGGGCUUCUCUGCUCCGGUCCCAGCGCCCCUCUCCGCCCUGCUCGCCGUUUCCCACCGCCUUGUAUCAGCCGAUGCCGUCAUUCGACUCACCCAAGUGGAGGGCACCGGGAUGGUCAUCCCCCUCUCUCUCCUCGCUUCUGGAGGGAGAGGAGGGAGAGGAGGAGGAGGGGGAGGGGGGGGAGGGGAUGCUUUUGAUGCGGGCGGAGGGAUGGACGGCAUGGGCUCGGCGUUUUCUGCCGCCCGCCAGCUGGCGCUGUGUGUGGAGCUGCCGGCGCUGCAGUGUGCUGGGUUGAGGAUGAUGCUGGCGGCGCUGCAGGGCGUGAGGAACCACAUUCUGCCCCAUGCAGCCACCAUAUCACACACACUCGUCUCAGCCUUUCGCCGGGCAGCAGCAGCGGGGGAUGACGCCACAGCUCUGCCCUUCAAGGCGCUGCUCUACCGCACGGCCACACAGUACCUUUAUGCGCUGGGCGCGGGCAUGAUGACGCAGAUCGCCCCAAUAGUCGUGGGGCGCGGAAUCACCGACCUCAAACAGGCCGUGCCGGCGCUCUUCUCCCCGACCAAUCAGCGCUCGCCAGGGCGGCCCUCUCUUACUGGAGCACUGGAGAAUGGAGGUAGACGCAGCUCUCACCUGCACCGCUGCCAUCGCCCUCGGCACCGGCGGUUAUGA